AUGUGUGAAACCUUAUUAGGUAUAAUACCGGUUAAGGGAGAAUCGAUUGUCGGUUCUAUGAUCAAACUAAAAUGGUUAAGGGAUAAUUUGUUUCCUAUAGAUGAAAAUUCCAGUAUUGAGGUUAUUCAUGCACAUGCUAGAGCUUAUAUAUUAAGACUUAUUGGAGGGGUUUUAAUGCCUGAUAAGACUGGGAAUAAAGUACAUUUAAUGUACUUGAACUAUUUGACUAAUCUUCGAAGAACCAGAAGAUAUAGUUGGGGUUCGACAUGUUUGGCUGUGUUGUAUAGGGAGAUGUGCAGAGUAACGGAUGGACGUGCGAGGACUAUGGGUGGAUGUGCUUCGUUGUUACAAUCAUGGGCAUGGUUUCGGAUGCCCUUUAUUGCACCCAUUUCAAGAGUUCCACCAACUUUCCCGCUAGUUUGCCAAUGGAGCAGCAGUCGAGUACUGAACUACAAAAAUGUCCCCCACAAUGAUUUAGUCGGAUACCGGGCAAGGAUAGAUCACAUGCAACAAAAUCAGUUUAUUUGGGUUCCUUAUGAAGGUUUGGGCUCUAUUAUUGAUGUUGAAGCAUAUCGGGACCAAGCAAUAUGGACGUCAUGCACUACUAUAAUUUGUUUUGCCAUUGUGGAGUGGCACCAGUCAGACAGGGUGAAGUUAUAA